AUGGCCGACGUCGACUACAAAGCAGUCAAGACGCACCCGAUUUCGAAGCGCAACGAUGGCUCGACGGGUCACAAGCCGCAUUCGAACGAGGAGGAGUACAAGGAGCUGUACGAGCGCAGCAUCAAGGAUCCUCUGGGCUUUUGGGAUGAGAUGGCUAAGGAACACCUCUACUGGCACCGCCCGUACACGACUGUCCAGGCUGGUUCCUUCACCGCAGGAGACGUCCAGUGGUUCCCCGAAGGCGGCUUGAACGUCUCGUACAACUGCGUUGACCGAUGGGCGUACAAGCAUCCGAAUAAGACUGCCAUCAUCUGGGAGGCGGACGAGCCCGGAGAGCACGUCGAGCUCACGUACGAGCAGCUCUUCCAGGAGGUCUGCCGGACGGCCAACAUCCUCAAGAGCUACGGCGUCAAGAAGGGCGACACCGUCGCCAUCUACCUUCCCAUGGUCCCGGAAGCCGCGAUCGCUUUCCUCGCGUGCGCCCGUCUUGGCGCCAUCCACUCCGUCAUCUUUGCCGGCUUCUCCGCCGAGUCCCUCCGCGACCGCAUCGUCGACGCCAAGUCGCGCGUUGUCAUCACGACAGACGAGGGCAAGCGCGGCGGCAAGACGAUCGCGACCAAGUCGAUUGUCGACGCCGCCCUCACCGAGUGCCCGCUCGUCGAGCACUGCCUCGUCCUCAAGCGCACCGGCGGCAACGUCAAGUGGACCGAGGGACGCGACCACUGGUGGCACGAGGAGAAGGACAAGGUCCAGCCUUACUGCCCCGUCGAGAUCGUCUCGUCCGAGGACCCGCUCUUCAUCCUCUACACCUCGGGCUCGACCGGCAAGCCCAAGGGUGUCGUCCACUCGACCGCCGGCUACCUCCUCGGCGCCUUCAUGACGCUCAAGUACGUCUUUGACGUCCACCCCGACGACCGCUACGCCUGCAUGGCCGACGUCGGCUGGAUCACCGGCCACACCUACAUCGUCUACGGUCCUCUCGCCAACGGCGUCACGACCACGAUCUUCGAGUCGACUCCCGUCUACCCUACCCCGUCGCGCUUCUGGGAGGUCGUCGCCAAGCACAAGCUCACCCAGUUCUACACCGCGCCGACCGCCAUCCGUCUCCUCCGCCGCCUCGGCGAAGAGCACACCAAGGGACACGACCUCUCGACCCUCCGCACGAUCGGGUCCGUCGGCGAGCCCAUCAACCCCGAGGCAUGGGAGUGGUACUGGGAGCACGUCGGCAAGAAGGAGUGCGCUGUCGUCGACACGUACUGGCAGACCGAGACCGGCUCGAUCAUCAUCACUCCCCUCCCCGGGGCGACGAAGACCAAGCCCGGCGCAGCGACCCUUCCUUUCUUCGGCAUCGACCCCGUCCUCCUCGACCCGACCACUGGCAAGGAGAUCACCGGCAACGAUGUCGAGGGCGUCCUCUGCGUUCGCAAGCCCUGGCCUUCGAUCGCGCGCACCGUCUACGGCGACCACAAGCGCUUCCUCGACACGUACAUGAACGUCUACCCCGGCUUCUACUUCACCGGUGACGGCGCUGGACGCGACCACGACGGCUACUACUGGAUCCGCGGCCGUGUUGACGACGUUAUCAACGUCUCUGGUCACCGCCUGUCGACCGCCGAGAUCGAAUCGGCGCUCAUCCAGCACAACGGCGUCGCCGAGACUGCAGUCGUCGGUAUCCCCGACGAACUCACCGGACAAGCCGUGGUCGCCUACGUCACCCUUAAACCCGACUUCUCGUUCGACGCUUCGGACGAGCCGGCUCUCAUGAAGGAGUUGGUCCUCCAGGUCCGCAAGACGAUCGGUCCUUUUGCGGCUCCGAAAAAAAUGGUACUCGUAAACGACCUCCCGAAGACGCGCAGCGGGAAGAUUAUGCGCAGAAUUUUGCGCAAGAUCUCCGCUAACGAGGCGGACCAGCUCGGCGACCUCUCGACGCUUGCCGACCCUUCCGUCGUCGACCAGAUCAAGGAGAAGUUCGCCUCUGUCCCGGCUAAGUAG